UUAUCUUUAUCUCUCUCUCUCUCUCUCUCUCUCUCUCUCUCUCUAGUAUCUUUUCCACUGUUCAUCACGUGGACUAUAUGCAAGUGCGUUUUCAAUUUGCCAUCUGUGAAACCAAGAGCAGAAGAAAGAAACUGUUUUUGUUUUCCUCUAUUUAUUAUUUCCAUUCAACUCAUUCCCCCCCUUUUUUUUUCUCACUUUCCCUCUCUGCCAAACGAAAAUGACAACUUUGGGUUACUAGUUCAAGUUCUGGACCCUUUUGCUUCCCACAAUCAACCUCAAAACCAUAAGGACAAGGAAGAAUUUAGCUAUUCUUCACUCCCUUUUUUGUGUGUCCAAAUGGGUGAGGCAAACCAUGGAAUGAGCUUCCAAACAAAACUUUCCAAGCAGCAAAACAAUGAAAACCCAAGAAACCUUUUACUGAGAUUCUCAUCUGAGCAAGAGUCUAACCAAACCCAAUUAUCCAAUUGUGAACCACAACUAGACCUUAGUCUUAGACUCUCUCUGGGUGGAGUUUACACUGAAAACUUCAAAGAAAAGCCUAUAACCCGGUCAGCCUCUUCUGUCACUGGAGUGAUAGCCAAGAAAAUUAGUGCUGGUGAAUCCAACUCGUCGUUACCAGGGAUCUUUCUUUCCUUGACAAGAUCUUGCUCAUUGCCAGUGGACAAUGAGCAAGGGCAGGUUAAGUUCAAUGAGUAUCAGGCAAAGAAGAGAAUGGAGGCCCAGAAGAGGUUGCUGGAGAAGCAGAGGAGAAGCAGGGUAAGCCCUGAGGAAGAGAAGACUCCAGCUGUGGCGCCCGUGCCACAGUCACCGGCGACUGAAAUGACGUCUUGGGCGGUGGCUUCUGCUGCAAAAAGCCCCGCACUUUGUCGUGCCAUUGUCAAGAUCAAAACGGAGGGAUAUGUAUCCGGGAAGCGAAAACUUGAGGCCCAUGAAGGACUGGAAGGUGCAGCUGCAGAGAAGGGUGCUACCAGUUCUCAGUCAUUGCCUAAUCCAAAGGACAAUGAGCCUGCGGACAUCCCUGGAGCAAUAACAGACGGAAAAUCAAUCAGACUUGGUGAGACUAAGCUGGAGAAUCAGCCCAAGAAGGUUAAAGUUUCUAAUGGCCGCUUUCAAGACAAUGGGAUGGAUGUGAUGAAACAAAUGCCUAGUGUGACUACUACCGGCGAUGGCCCCAAUGGGAAGAGAAUUGAAGGGUUUUUAUACAGGUACACAAAAGGUCAAGUGAGUAUAGUAUGUGUUUGCCAUGGCAGCUUUCUUUCUCCGGCGGAAUUUGUCAAGCAUGCUGGUGGGAAGGAUGUUGAAAAUCCAAUGAAGCACAUUAAUGUGUGCACUACCUUUUAGUCCUUGAGGAAAAUGGUGGUGGCUAAUGUCACCCAUUUUGAAAUGUUAGGAAAUGAACAACCUGAAUCAGGGUAAGAAACCUGAAAUGAGUAAACUUUUUGAAGUUACCAUAAUAGAAAUCCUUUUCCUUUCUUUUGAUAACCCCUUUAUUAUGGGUAUAGGAUAAAAAGGAAAAAAUAGCUUAUCUCUAUGUUUUACUGUUUUAGUCAA